AUGAAGCUCGACACGCGCGCCUUCCGCUACCUAACAGCGGAAGACUGGCGGGUGUUACAAGCAGUUGAGCAAGGAAGUAAGAACCAUGAGCUUGUCCCGACACCACUUAUCCAGCAAAUAGCUGGCCUACGGGGAGGCAGUGGCGUGCACAGAUGCAUUUCCACUCUCGCCAAAGCAGGUUUGAUUGCCAAAGUGAAGAAUGCGAAAUACGACGGCUACCGCCUAACCUACGGCGGCCUCGACUACCUCGCCCUAAACACUCACCGCAAAUCCUCCCUCCUGUACAGCCUGGGCAACCAAAUAGGCGUCGGCAAAGAAUCAGACAUCUACAUCACCGCCUCCCCCUCCGGCCGUCAACUAGUGCUAAAACUGCACCGUCUCGGCCGUAUCUCCUUCCGCUCCGUGAAAGCUAAUCGUGACUACCUCCGCCACCGCACGACGGGGAGUUGGAUGUACCUCUCCCGCCUCGCUGCGCAGAAGGAGUACGCCUUCAUGCGCGUGCUGUGGCGGGAGGGGUUUGCGGUCCCGGAGCCGGUGGGGUGGAGUCGGCAUACGGUGUUGAUGGAGUUUGUGGAUGCGUUUCCGCUGAGGAUGAUUGAACGGGUGCCGGAGCCGGGGGGGUUGCAUGCGGAGUUGAUGGGGAUGAUUGUUAGUCUCGCGCAGAGGGGACUCAUUCAUGGUGAUUUCAAUGAGUUUAACAUCCUUAUCAAGGAGGAGGAAGUGGUGGGGAAGGAAGGGGAGAUGAAGUUGAGGCCGAUCUUGAUUGAUUUCCCGCAGACGGUUAGUACGAAUCAUGUCAAUGCCAAGAUGUAUUUUGAGAGGGAUGUGGCGUGUGUGAAAAGGUACUUCGAGAGGAGGUUCAAGUACGUGGCUGAUGAGGAGGGGCCGUUGUUUGAGGAUGCGGUGAGAGGGGUGGAGGCGGAGAGGAGGUUGGAUGUGGAGGUGGAGGCUAGUGGGUUUUCGAAGAAGAUGGCAAAGGAGCUGGAGCGGUAUGUGGAGGUUGUGGGUGGCGAUGACGAUGAUGAUCAAGCGGCUGCUGCGGGUCAGUCAGACGAUAGCGCGCAAGAUGAUGACGAGGAAGGCGAGUUUGACGAAGGUGAAGACGCGUCGGAGGUGGAAGGGGAAGGAGAUCAAGAUGCGCAGCAUGACGAUGCGGAGCUCGCAGAGCAACUCGCCUCCUGGCGGACGGGUGACGAUCUGGCUGUCAAGCCAUUGCGCAAUGCUGACUACGGGCUGCUGCCUUUGGAUCUACAGGAAGACACCGGCACUUUCACGCCCGAAAAGGUGGCGGCGAAGAAGAAAGCGACCGGUUGGGCGAUUUGA